AUGGUCUUCCGGUCUUGGCAAGAGGUUGAAGCCUACUAUAAGGAGUAUGCUGAGCAGAUGGGGUUUGGAGUGUCAAGGGUUCAAGGCGUAAAUUCUAAGACGGCGGACAAACAAAGAAUUGCAAGCACGUGGAGGUGUGAGUGUUGGGGUAAACCCGACAUGAGGGCUAGGAGGGAAGCGAAGAAGAGGGCAAAGGCAAUGGUUAUUGGAGGUUCAGGUGGUUUAGUUGAUGGGGUGGUAUGUGAGGAUGAGUUAAGUCGUAGGAAGAGGACUUCAAAAAAGUGUGAAUGUGAGGCCCGUGUUUAUGCUAGAGUGAAUGAAGAUGGCAUGUGGGUGUUGAAGACAGUGCACUUAAAGCAUAAUCACAAGAUUGAUCCGGCAAAUUCUAAGCUUGUGAAGGAGUACCGCUUGAAGCAAAUGACCUCAACAGUGAAUAAGAAGCUGAUGGAUUUCUAUGAGCAAGGUGUACCAAUUUCUCAAAUACACGGUUGCAUGGCGACCAAACGAAACGGUAACAUGGCUCUCACCGUCAAAGAUUUACAACAUGAGGUGUACAAGGCUAGGCGGUUGAAGAUGGUUGGAGGGGACUCGGUGGCAAUGAUGGAGUACUUUGAAAAAAUGCAAUCCGGCAACCAAAAUUUUUUCCAUGCUCAACGUUUGGAUGAAGAAGGGAGGCUUAAGGAUGUGUUGUGGGUGGAUGCAAGAACUAGGGUAGCUUAUGAGGACUUUGGUGAUGCGGUUUGCUUCGACGCAACAUACCUAACAAAUGAGUACGAGCUCCCAUUUGCGAACUUUGUUGGUGUUAACCACCAUGGGCAAUCGUUGUUGUUGGGAUGUGCUCUUGUUUCACAUGAAGACUGCGAUACGUUUGCGUGGAUAUUUCGACAGUGGCUAGCUUGCAUGAACAACCGAGCUCCUAAAGCCAUUUUGACCGACCAAGCGGCAGCUAUGCGGAUGCCCCUAGCUGAAGUCAUGCCAAACACGGUUCAUCGUUGGUGCCUAUGGCAUAUCAUGAGCAAGAUCCCUGAGAAACUUGGCAAGUGUGCACUUUACCAAGAGUUCAUAAACCCCCUCAAAGAGCUGGUGUAUGAGAGCUUUAACCCUGAGGAGUUCCAAACCCGAUGGGCAGAGUUUAUAGCCGAGUAUAAGUUGGAGGACAAUGAAUGGCUACAGAGCCUACACAAAGAGAGUCGUAUGUGGGUGCCUGCUUACAUGAAAGAGUUUUUUUGGGCUGGUAUGAAGACCACACAAAGGGUGGAGAGCAUCAAUCGGUUUUUCGAUGGCUAUGUUAACCGCAAAACCAAGCUACAUGAGUUUCCUCAAAAGUAUUGCAUGGCCUUGGAUCAAUGCAUUCGAGAUGAAGUGAGUGCAGAUGAGCGUUUGCUCGAAGUACCUUAG